AUGGUCCAAACAGGUUCUGAUGACAACAAGGCGAAGUCCCUGGAGGUUGAGUUUGGUUCUGGUAAUGAGAAAGAGCUUCGGUCGAAGUGGGCUACAGUUGAGAGAUUACCAACUUUUAAAAGGACUACUACAACUGUUCUGUUCCAAAGUUCAAGAGAUGAAACAUCAGAUAAAGGAAGUGCCAUUGAUGUUACUAAACUUGAGGCUGCUCAUAGACACUUGUUAAUUGAAAAGCUUGUCAAACAAAUAGAGGCUGAUAACUUCCGUUUACUCGGAAAAAUAAGGAAGCGAAUCGACGAAGUUGGUAUAGAGUUACCAAAGGUGGAAGUGAGGUUCAGUGACCUUUCUGUUGAAGCGGAAUGCGAAGUAAUUCAUGGAAAGCCUAUCCCAACUCUUUGGAAUACUAUCAAGGGCAUACUAUCUGAACUCAUUUGUUCAAAGAAUGAAACUAAGAUAGGCAUCUUGAAAGGUGUGAGCGGUAUCGUAAGGCCUGGGAGCAUGACAUUAUUGCUCGGUCCUCCUGGUUGUGGCAAAACCACUCUGCUACAGGCACUUUCUGGAAGACUUGCUCCUUCUGUAAAGGUUGGAGGAGAAGUACGUUACAAUGGUUGCUUACUUUCAGAGUUUAUUCCAGAGAAAACGUCGAGUUAUAUAAGUCAAAACGAUCUGCAUAUUCCAGAGAUGAGUGUGAGAGAGACGCUUGAUUUCUCCGCGUGUUGCCAGGGCAUAGGAAGCCGUAUGGAAACUAUGAAGGAGAUCAGUAGAAAGGAGAAACUCCAAGAAAUCAUUCCAGAUCCUGAUAUAGAUGCUUACAUGAAGGCAAUAUCUGUUGAAGGUCUGAAAAACAAUAUGCAAACUGACUAUAUCCUAAAGAUCCUGGGACUAGAUAUCUGUGCAGAUACACGAGUUGGAGAUGCCACUAGACCUGGAAUAUCUGGUGGCCAAAAGAGGAGGUUGACAACAGGGGAAAUCGUUGUUGGUCCAGCUACAACUCUGUUCAUGGAUGAAAUAUCGAAUGGUUUGGACAGCUCAACUACGUUCCAGAUAGUGUCAUGUCUCCAACAUUUGGCUCAUAUAACUGAAGCCACCAUAUUGAUUUCACUUCUUCAGCCUGCACCAGAAACGUUUGAGCUUUUCGACGAUGUGAUUCUUAUGGGGGAAGGAAAGAUAGUUUACCAUGCUCCACGAACUGAUAUAUGUAGAUUCUUUGAAGAUUGUGGAUUUAAGUGUCCAGAGAGAAAAGGCGUCGCUGACUUCCUCCAAGAGGUUAUGUCUAGAAAAGAUCAAGAACAAUAUUGGUGCCAUAGAGACAAGCCUUACAGUUAUAUAUCUGUUGAUUUAUUCAUUAAGAAGUUUAAAGAAUCAAAUCUUGGGUUGUUGCUAAAGGAGGAACUCUCAAAGCCGUUUGAUAAAUCUCAGACUUGCAAAGAUGGUUUAUGCUCUAGAAAAUACUCACUGGGUAGAUGGGAGAUGCUUAAAGCUUGCUCGAGGAGAGAAUUUCUUUUAAUGAAACGGAAUUCUUUCAUCUACUUGUUCAAGUCUGGACUGUUAAUUUUCAAUGCAUUAGUCACAAUGACUGUUUUUCUACAAGCUGGAGCUACAACGGAUGCUCCACAUGGGAACUAUCUUUUGGGUUCUCUGUUCACUGCUCUCUUUAGACUUCUUGCUGAUGGGCUUCCAGAACUCACUUUGACUCUCUCCAGAUUAGGAGUGUUCUGCAAACAGAAAGAUUUAUACUUUUAUCCUGCUUGGGCAUAUGCAAUUCCUUCAAUUAUCUUGAAGAUACCUCUUUCGGUUGUCGAUUCAUUUAUUUGGACAUUACUGACAUAUUAUGUCAUUGGUUACAGCCCCGAGGUCGGAAGGUUCAUUCGCCAGUUCCUGAUAUUCUUUGCUUUGCACUUGUCAUGUAUAUCCAUGUUCCGUGCUAUAGCUUCCAUCUUUCGUGAUUUUGUUGUUGCCACAACAAUUGGAACCAUCUCUAUAAUGUUUCUCUCAUUAUUCGGAGGUUUCAUUGUUCGAAAACCCUCCAUGCCUGCUUGGCUUGAGUGGGGAUUCUGGUUUUCUCCAUUGUCAUAUGCUGAGAUUGGUCUAACCGCAAAUGAAUUUUUCGCUCCACGGUGGAGGAAGACAACAUCUGAAAACAGAACUUUGGGGGAACAAGUUCUAGAUGUUCGCGGAUUGAACUUUGGUAGUCAAUCUUACUGGACUGCAUUUGGCGCUUUAAUUGGAAUUGCACUCUUCUUCAAUAUUGUUUUUGCACUGGCCUUGACAUUUCUAAAGACUUCACAGAGGUCUCGUGCGAUUGUUUCUCGUGAGAAGAACAAAAAAAAUUCAGAAGAACAAUCAAGUUCUAAACUUUCUUCCCAACUCAAAAAGGCAUUGCCUUUCAAGCCCUUAACUUUCACAUUUCAAGACGUUCAGUAUUUCAUCGAGACCCCUCAG